AAAAUAGUAAAGUCUCUACUAUUAUUUUUCAUGUCUAAAAGUAACUUCAAUAACAAAGAUUAUCAAAUAUAUCUGUGACUAUACUUAUGAAUAUCAUUUAUUGUCUGGUUCAUAAUAGGAGAAAAAGUGUUAUACUCAUUUAUAAUUAUGUGUGUAUUCUGAUGCCAGUGAAAUGAACAUCAAAAUACUUAACCACAGGAUCAUCAUGAACUGGAGUGAAAUUAAAUAUUUCUCAAUCUAUUCGAUAAAUUUGAUUUAAACUUAUAAUGCUUACAUGCAUGUUACUUUUUGAUGAGUACUUAACUUCGUUGAGUCCUAUUUUUUGAAAGUCUUUGAAAUGUUAUCAUCGUAGAUAUCUAUGCUCAAAACUAUCGCUUUUACGGCUUUAAUUCUUCAUAUAUUACACUUGACUGAAAAUUCCAUUUGAUGCAAUCUCAAAAAAACAAUGUAAAUUAAUUUGAAUAUGUUAAAUGCCUCUAAAAAACAAACAAACUUGGAUAGUAAUUUUUCUAAAUCUGGAAUUGUACAGUGAAAUUUUAACAUCAUUAUAUAAACAGUUGUAAGACAAAUCAUUGUUAAUUUCUAUUAUUAUUUUCAAUAAUCCUUCUAGCGAAGUAAUACUUUACAAUCAUCCCCUCAAACGGAGUCGGUUACUAGUACAAAUGGACAUAGUUUGAAUAAAUUAAUGGAAGAUUAUAAACCAAUCAGUUCGCAGUCAGUAUUAUCAUCUUCGUCAUCACCCGUUUCUGAUUUUGUCGGUGCUGAUGUUGCUCCUGGCAGCGGUAAUUCUACUUGCCAUGAUGAUACUGCCAAUCCUAUUGAUUCUGAAUUGACAGCCUUUAAAAUGCAACAAUUACAACAUGAUGUAAUGCAGCUUGAAACUGCAAUAAAGGACAACUUAAAUGAACAGAAGGAAUUGAAUGAUCGAUUAUUUGAACAAUUAGCUGAAGUAUCGAAACCUGAAAUUAGUAAAAAUAAAUCAUCUUCCUCCUUAUUGUCAUUGUCAUCGAUAUCAAAUGAUCAAUCUGCUUUUCGUGAAAGUGAAAUUAAACGUAUUUAUAGUGAAAAGUUGAAAACACUUAAAAAACAAUUAAAAGCAUUAAAUGAACAAUUACAAACAACGCGUUAUGUUAUUUCAAAAUCCACAACAUCUCUUCCUUCUACAUCUACGGUCACUAGUCAUCAACAGUUACCUUGUGAUGGCAGUAUUACCAGUGAUUACACUAAUCAAAUGUCAGCACCAUUUGAUGUUUACCACAGUCAUGAAUUAGCAAAAAGAUUACCGGCACAUAUAUCGGAUCCAAACGGUGAUUUGUGUAAAACACCUGCAAGACAGUCGAAUACUCUGCCGGUUAAAUGUAUUCAUUAUUCUAAGACAACCGAUGAUGAUACUGGAUAUCGUAAGAAAAGUUCUUCACGUCCUGUCGGCUACUCAUUCUUUACACCUAACGAUAGAAAGAAACAUAAGAAAAUUACAAAAGGCCAUUUGACUACAUCCAAUUUGUUGUAUCCUCCUGAUUCAUCCAGCAUAUUCCUACCUGAGAAUGUAGCUAGCAGUAGUUCUCAACCACUUCGAACUGGUUCAUUACCCUCUACCAAUGGACUUAACCCUAUCAGUUGCGGUGGAUAUGAUGCUGGUGGACGUAGUAUGAUUAGCGGUUUAAGUGGUAUAAUUAGUACAUCAAAAGAUGAUACAUGUCCCAGUGUAGAUCCAUCUGUUGCUGUCAAUUCUAACACUGGUGCAUUUUCAUGGUCAGAUGGUGGAGAUAAUACACUGGCACGAAUAUUUGAAUUUCUUGGUGUAUCACCAAAUCAAGUGUUCAAUAAUCAAAAUCUAACCUCUAUUGGUAAUAAUAAUGUACCCGGUGUUGGUUCUUCAGGUUCAUCUGCAUUGUCUGCUUCAGGAUUAGGCGUGUUGGAUAAGACUAAAGCUGGAUCUAAAAGUCAUAUAAGUGGGGCGAAUGUUAUCUCACCAGAAUCACUUAGUACUCCUCAUAGUAGCGGUAUUGUUACUGGGAGUUUAAGUGGUGGUGUUGCUGCUGGUAGUAUUGGCCACUUAGGUAAUUCAAUAAUGAAUAUUUCACCACAUAAUUUGGCACUUGCAUUUGCUUAUCUUUAUCGUCGUCAAGAAUGUCAAUUUGCCUCUCUAACUAAUCAACAAUCACAGAUAUUUCAAGAACUUCGUGAUGAAUUGUCUGUUAUGCAUAGUGAAACACUUAGUAUUCAGUCUACACUGAAUAAUUUAACAACAGAAUUAGAAGCUAUUCGACGUGAUGCAACCACAAAAGCGGAGUUACAAAAUCAAAAACUAACCGAUGCCAGUUCACGUAUUGAACGAUUGGAUGCUAUAGCUGAAGAAUCUCGACAAGCUUUACCACAUGAAUUAGCAGCUAUACGUAAUGAAUUUCAUGAUUCCUUAUAUUCAGUUGAAUAUCAAGUGACUACAAAAAUACGCGACCUAAGUGAUAAUAUUACAAGUAUUAAUAAUAAGGUAAGCAUGAUUGAAAAACCUCAUGAUCAAUCUAAUACACUUGAAUCACAUGGUACAGAAUUAGAUCGUGUUCGUCGUAAAGUAUUACAUUAUUUAACUGAUUUAUGUGUGUCAUUCUUUGCACUAGUUACUAUGCUACUACAAGUGCUUAUACGUUGUUUAAAUUUGGGCGCUGUUCUGACAGAAAAUAGGAAACUUGCUGUUUGCUUUUCCAUGACAUUGUUAGCUAGUUGUUUGCUUGUAUAUACAUCGGAUCCUAUUAUUUUAUGGCUCAGGGAAGAUGAUACCAUUACAAACCCGUCUACAGCAACAACAACAACCAUACAUCGAAGAUCUCAAUACUGGCGAAAUAUACUUAUUGCUAUUUUGUCAUUUUUUCGAAGUUUUUCCCGUGAAAUGUCUUGAACCAAUAUUUUGAUUUAUCUUUUUAAUCAUUCAAUUAAUUAUUCGGAAAUUUCUAAUGUACGCUUGUCUUGUCUUCUUUCUUUACUCAAUGGUUCACUUCACUUAAAAGUUUAUUAUCCUUCACGAUAAUUACCUGGUGCUCCAUUAUAUAUAUAUGGGUAUUCUUGUUUACUGAGAUUAGUACUAUUUAUGCUUGCUUAAAAAGUAUGGUGAAUUUCUAUCAUUAUUCACACAUAUAUUUAUACAUGAAACAAAUCUAUCAUGACGAGUGUUCUAUAAAAAUGCUUUGUCUGAAAGCUUAAUUCAAUUUUAAACCAUCUCAUUCAUUAGUUGACUAGAAUAUAUUUAUUAGUAACAACUGAUCAACAUCAUUAUUUGAUCUUGCUCUGACACAAUCUUAUUUUAUUUGUUUUUCCAUGGAAUUUUCUGUUGAGUUACCUCAGUGUAAAAAAUGUGUGUUUUUACUUUUAAGUAUUUUUAUUGUUGUUGCAUCAUCAUUAGUCUAUUUUUUUAACCUUUCGACUUAUUCAUUUUGUUCGUUUGUUCAUUUUCUUCUCAUUAUGAACAUUGUUCUGCUCACACCCGGUAUUGUCUAUCUAUCCCUUGUUAUACAAUGUUACAUGUACACUGUGGAUUGUGUACGGUUGAUUGUCCGACGUGUACGUUGCUUGUUCUUAAAGGUUUUCCAAAUCAACUAAAUAUUCUAAUUAUAUUGACAGAAUAAUCUAAUUUCUUUUAUUCAUCUUAUGUCGAUUUUUGUAGAAUAAAAUCUGUUAUAAUGCUAUCAAUCCAUUGCUAUAUUUUAUAACACUAUGUUAUGAAUGACAUCACAAACUAAUGUUGUUUAUCAUUAUUAUCCAACGUUACUUUUCAUUUUAAAAUCUUGUCAUUUUCAUAUUAUCUAUUAACUAGAAACAGUCUUUCAAAAGAACAAACAACGAUUUGUUUAUUAUUAUUUACGUCUUACCUCUUCGUAAAUGCAAUCAGUUUGUCCAGCAAUCAAUAUGUAUGAGGAGAUAGACAUCGAUGUAAAGCUGUUCAAUUUUCUUUGUAUUAAAAAAGAACAUUUCUCCCAAUAUUUUUGUUUUAAACUUUCUUUUCUUGCUCUGUUUAUCUACUAAAAACAGAUACAUGAGUGGCUUGUUAAUCGAAUAUAUAUAUAUAUAUAUAUUCGCUAAUUUGUAAAUCAAAUACUAUUAUACAGUUUGAACAG